AUGCAUGAAAGCCCAGGAACGGUCUCAGAUGAACUCUCAGAGGCAGGCCUUAUCCGUAAAUACUUCUUAGAGGGCCACACAUACCAAGUGAUCUGUGACUUUCUUGAAACAAGACACAACAUUUUCUUGAGUCUAAAAACCUUAAAGAGAAGGCUAAAGAGGGCAGGUUUAACUAGGAGGACUGACUUUACUCCCAUUGCCUCUGUGCAUGCAGCUAUUAGUCAUGAGUUGACGGGUUCAGGACGGCUUUUAGGUUACAGAGCUAUGUGGCAGACAUUAAGACAAAAGCAUGGCCUGACAGUUAAACGGGAUGAUGUAAUGAAUGCUCUUCGCAGACUGGAUCCAUCUGGAGUUCAUCUUCGCCAUACACGCAGGUUUGUCCGAAGAGGAUACUUUACAGAAGGACCAAACCAAGUGUGGCAUGUUGAUGGGUAUGAUAAGCUCAAACCAUUUGGUAUUGGCAUCAGUGGAUGCAUUGAUGGAUUUUCAAGGAAAGUGAUGUGGCUCUGCAGUGCCAGCUCUAAUAACGAUCCAGGAAUUAUUGCUCAUAAUUAUAUGCAGUGUGUAUUUGAAUUUGGGCUUCCUGCACGCCUUCGCACAGACUGUGGAACAGAAAAUGGCACUAUGGUAGCCAUUCACUGUGCAUUAAGAUCACAUCAUACAGAUGAUUUCGCUGGAGUACUCAGUCAUAUGUAUGGCAUCUCGACUGCAAACCAGCGAAUUGAGAGUUGGUGGUCCUUUUUUAGAAAGCAAAGGACUCAGUUCUGGAUUGAUCUCUUCAGUGACCUACGGGAGCGGCACCUUUUCAGUGGUAGCCAUGAACAUAAGUGCCUUCUAAGGUAUGUCUUCUUGGGCGUCUUGCAGAAAAAGCUUGAUGAAUACAGAGAACUUUGGAAUAACCACACCAUCCGGCCUGUUCGUCAAUCUCGUUGUCCUUCUGGUAAACCUGAAGCCAUGUACCACCUGCCUCAUAGGUUUAAUGCAAGGGACUGUGGAUUCCCAGUGUCUCAGGAAGUCUUACAAGAGUUUGAGGACAUUCUGCCUGAACAGCGGAGUCUGUGUGGGGAUGAUAAUCUUCAAGUUCAUUUUGCGAAUUUACAGAGACAGAGUAGACUGGCUCCACCAGUCAACUGGACAACUGCUGUUGAGAAUUACAUAUCACUCAAAAAUAUGUCUGGACUUUAGAAUUCAGUUAAUUUAGUACAUUUCUUACUGUAAAUAUUUAUUUUUGUGAGUGGAAGCAGUUGCUGAGGACUUCCUUAGGACAACUUUAACCUUCUCAAUAUUUUGAUAUUUUUGCACCAUCAGAUUACAGAUUUUCAAAUAGUUGUAUAUCAGGCCAAAUAUUGUCCCAUCCUCAAAACACUAUUUAUCUAGACAGGGUAGAUAAUUGUGUAUUAACAAAAGAAGAGAGAAAAAGACUAUUAAUUCACUUUAUUUUUCGCUGGAUUUGUUUAACACCAGUUUUAUUUUUUGAACAUCAGCAAAUUUGUGAACUGUUUAAGCUCUAUGCAUAACACAAUCUUUAUUUUACUUGAUCCAUGAGGAAAAAUGUCAAAAUAAAUGUAUAUUGUAUCUUCCUAGUGUAUAUUCAUCAUCAGUAUACAGUCUUGAAUAUCAAUAUACAACCAAAACCUUUAACCUGAGCGUGGUAUUUGUUAAGUAGC